AAGACCUCCUUAAUCACUAGAUUUAUGUAUGACAGUUUUGACAACACUUAUCAGGCCACCAUUGGAAUUGAUUUCCUUUCAAAGACUAUGUAUUUAGAAGACCGCACGGUCCGACUUCAGCUUUGGGACACAGCAGGCCAGGAACGGUUCCGUAGCCUCAUUCCCAGCUACAUACGUGACUCAACUAUUGCAGUGGUAGUCUAUGACAUUACAAAUCUGAAUUCCUUCCAGCAAACCUCCAAAUGGAUCGAUGAUGUACGAACAGAACGAGGAAGUGAUGUCAUCAUCAUGCUGGUGGGGAAUAAAACUGACCUUGCAGAUAAAAGGCAGAUUACUACAGAAGAAGGUGAACAAAGAGCCAAAGAACUCAGUGUGAUGUUCAUUGAGACUAGUGCGAAGACGGGCUACAAUGUGAAGCAGCUUUUCCGCCGUGUCGCUGCUGCCUUACCUGGGAUGGACAGCGCUCCCGAGAAAAGCAAAGAUGACAUGAUUGACAUCAAAUUAGAGAAACCACCUGAGCAGCCUGUUACGGAGAAUGGCUGUUCUUGUUAAAUGUUCUACAGCGUGGCAGCCCCUUCCCAGUUAGCCAGUUCAGUCUCUCGCUAAAGAGCACCACUUCUUAUUGACUACCAAAACACAACUUUUCCGAGGGCCGCAAGCCCACUUUUAACAGGCCAUUGGAGUCAUCCCGUUUCCUCCCCCCCACUCCUCAAGUCGUGUGGACCGGUCCCAGUUGCUCUCGUUUGCUGCAUGGUGUGAGCCCUCCAAUGCCUCUUGCCCUUUGUUGGUUGUUGCACUUUGGUGCUGCUGUGGCACUCUUUUUGCUACGUUUCCUUGUUGGGUUGUCCUACGAAUGUGCAGGGGAGACACUUUGUCCCAUCUUCCAAAAAAAAAAAACCAAACCCUACUGAUAAAUUUACCGUAAAGGAGCUAAUGCAUUCUUCCUUUCACCUCCCUCCUUUUUAAAAAAAAAAAAAAAAAAUCUUUUCUACCGCUGCUUUUUAUUCAUUUGCAGAGGCCGUUCCUCUGAUUUGGCUGCGUCUUUGUCGAUAGCAAGAAGAAAAGUGUUGUCCUGCUUAAAGGUUUCGGUUCAUCCUUCCUUAAGGAUGGUGCUAAGGAAGAGGGGAACGCCCUGAGAGAGGAUUGACAUACGUUCUUCU